GCUUUCGUUAUGCGUAUGUUAGGCUUAGGCUUGGCAGGCUGCAAUAAAUUUUGCGGAUUGAUGGAUAUAUCAAGUAAUUUUGUAAGUAAAGCAGUGUAUAAUUUUUAUUUAAAAAACAUGUGUGAUCAAAUAAAAUCCGUCGCAAAAUCACUGUAUUCCAUGGCUGCUGCACAAGAAAAAGAAGAAACGUGCGAAGCACAAGAAAUAGAAAAUACUGAAAAUUUGACUGUUUCCGGUGAUGGCACGUGGCAAAAGCGAGGUUUUUCGUCAUUGUACGGUGUUUCUUCGUUAAUUGGAUAUUACACGGGAAAAGUGAUAUAUAUUUGCGUGAAAAGUGGGGUCUGUCAAACGUGUAAAAUUUGGGAUACAAAAUUAAAUUCAGUGGAAUUCAAAGAAUGGCACGAGAAUCACGUAGAACUUGGUGAAUGUGAAGCAAAUCACGAGGGACCUGCAGGAAAUAUGGAAGUUUCAGCAAUAAAAGAAAUGUUCCAACGAUCGGAAGAAAAGUACGGCGUCAAGUAUAAAUAUUAUGUCGGAGACGGAGAUAGCAAGACGUACACCGGCGUAGUUCAAUCUCAACCAUACGGCGAAGAUUUUAUAAUACAUAAAAAAGAAUGUGUCACGUUCAAAAAAGAAUGGGCAAACGAUUACGUGAUGUUGUUAAAAACACAACAAUAGAGAAGGAAAUAAAAACAGGAAAAAAAGCUGGUCAAAAAAGAAGGAGCAAAAGUCUCGGCGGAAAAGGAAAACUUACUGGAAAAACAAUAGACAAAUUAACGGUAUAUUAUGGCUUAGCAAUCAGAAGAAAUUGUGAUUCGGUGAAAAAAAUGAAUGAUGCGAUUUGGGCGACCUUUCUUCAUUACAAGUCCACGAACGACGAUCCACAGCAUCAUAAAUGUCCUGCCGGCGCUGAGUCUUGGUGCGAAUAUCAAAAAGCUUUGGCCACCACUGGAAUAGAAGAUUUUCACCACAGCUAUGAACCUUUUCCGGAUGAGGUGAUAACAGCAAUCGAGCCAAUUUAUGAAGAUUUGAGCAAAGACGAGCUUCUACAACGUUGUCUUGGUGGAUUUACCCAGAACAACAAUGAAAGCCUUAAUCAACUUAUUUGGAGAAUUAGCCCAAAAGUUUUAGCCAGCAGCCCUACGAUAAUAGAAAUUGCAGCAAAUGCAGCUGCUUGCACCUUCAAUGAAGGUUAUAUUGCAUUGCUAGCAUUUCUUGAAGAGAUGAAAAUCAACGUCGGCCCAAGUGCUCAUGAAUAUGUAAAAACAUUCGACGAAUCUCGAAUUUUGAAAGCUGAAGAAAAGGCUGCGCUUCAGACAAAAGAAGCUAGAAUUCUGAGAAGAAUGGAGCAAAAAGAUGCUUUAGAUCUCGCAGAUGCAGCAGGAACAUUGCUUUAUGGUGCUGGCAUCGACGACUCUAUAUGAUUCUACGAUUUUUAAUCCGGGGCACCGUAAAAGGAUGAACUCUUGACAUGGCCUGACUGAAGCAGCAGCAACUCCGUUA